GUUAAAACAGUGCCGCACUAGUUGGAAUUGAAGGAGGCAGCAAUAGGCAAUAGCACUCUUAUCAUAUAAAACCAAAGGAAUCGACGUUUCGCCCUCUCCAUUCACCCAACAGCUUACACGUCUCUUUCUUUCGUACACCACACCGCACCGCAACACAAACUCAAAACACAACACGAACACACAAACUUCGCGAUAAACGUUUCUUUGUGUAAAUCUCCACCAAAACCAUAUCUCCACGUCUCUCUUUCUUUCAUCGCUUUCACUUCUUCACAUCUAAAUCUCACAGCCAACAACACACAGCACAUCAAGGGUGGAAUCAAUGGAGUAUGAUGAAGGUCAGCAUGGUGCCCAUGGAGAAGAUCCUGAAUAUGGUGCAAUUUUCAUGUCAAAUAGUGCAACCAAAAGAGAGUGUUUUAGUAGGAGACUAUUUGGCCUUCCAUCUUCUCAGAGCCGCUUUGUAAUGCAGGUUAAAUAUGGAAUGAUUUUAUUUUUGUUUGAAUAUGAAAAAAGACAGCUUCAUGGUGUUUUCCGGGCAUGUUCUGAUGGUGCAAUGUAUAUUGAGCCCAAUGCCUUCCGUAAAUCAGGGAAGCAAUUCCCGGCACAGGUAAAGUUCACCCCAAUUUGGUCGUGUAUCCCACUUAAAGAAGAUGAAUUUCGUGACAUAAUCAAAGAAAAUUACUUUUCAGCCCACAAGUUUAACUUUGGGCUGUCGGAAGAGCAGGUUUGUAGGCUUCUAUACAAAUUCAGUUUGAGAAAGGAAACAGAUCAUCAACCUCGAAGACAGUUACUAAAAUUUAAGGUUGCAAGAGGGCGUUCUAUGGAUAAAGUCAGUAGAGCUGAUGUUGGUGGCAUUGCAAUGAGUGAUAAGGUGAAAGAUGAGAAUGAUUGGGAUGAUCGUUAUAGGCCAGCUGUCUUAUCUGAGUACCCUGGGGAAUCUUUUGGCUACUCUGGAAGAGAAAGUGCAGGAGGCAAGUUUGCAAAAAGUCUUGAGGUAGAGAACAAACAUAAAGUUUGCAAUGAUCUUGGGCCAGUCAUCAGGUAUGAAUAUAUUGAGGACUCCACGACUAGAGUUGGAAGAGAUGAAAGCAGAUUUGCAGCAUGUGAUAGGUUGAGGACUGAUCAUAACUCAGCUAUUGACCAUGGACCUGUCAUGUCAAAUGCCCAUUCUGGGUACUUUUUGAGUGAAGAAGGACACGUCUCCGAUCAUAGCAGGUUUGCAAUAGCUAAUAGGCUAGAAAGUGAAUGUAAUUUAAACAAUGGCACUGUGCCACCUGUCUCAAAUGAGUGCCAUAGUUUAUUUCAACCUAACCUUCGUAGAUCUUUUGGCUCUAACAAGCCCAUUAUGGAAACAGAUUCUGUGGUUCAAGAUCAACUCUGGCCACAUUCAACAUCUUCUGGCUCAAUAGAGCCACAAAUCUCUUACCCUUCUUACAGAGAUGGAAUUGUUACACGCACAGUUCCUUAUGAUCCUGAUGUCCCUAGUAUUAACUUUAGGCGCCCAUCGCCUUCCGGGAUUGAUCACAGCACUAAUCCAGUGCAAGAAUAUACUUCUCCUUAUAGAACAUGUGCAGGGAAUCUUCUUCACUCCCCAAAAAAUCAACCAUAUUUCCCAUCUGUAGAGCCCAAAGUUAUCACAAAUAGAUGUCCAGAUGAUAGUUCUGGUUUCGGGAACCAUAUUCCCUUCCCUACUCCCUACCAUUAUGAGCGUUUUUGCAACAGGACCAGCAUAUCUUCUUCAGGGACCGCUGCAUAUUCUGAAAACUUGGCAACAGAAUUGUCUGGAAAUCAAGAUCAUGUUGGCCUUUCCUUUUCGCAGACUCCUAUAGCACCUGUGCCUUUAUCAGAAACCGGAAAUAAUGGGAUGGAAAACCAGGGUCUUCCAUCAUUUUCCUCUACUUCCAGCAUACAUCCUUCUUUUGCCUAUAAUUUUGGAUUUCCUGUAGAGUCACAAGGCAAGCAUGAGCAUGAAGUACUACAGGAGGAGAACAAUGAAGCAUUUACUGCUAGAGCUAAUGUUCCUUUAUCAAAUAAGGGUCAGGUUCAAUUGCAUAGUUAUUCUUCUGGUCCCAAUGUUCUUCCCUCCUCCAUCUAUAAUUUUAACUUUUCUGUUGAGUCACAAGGCAAGUUUGAGCAAGAAGUUGUACAGCACGAGGAGAGGAAUGAAGCAUUUACUCGUAAUGAUCCUUUAUCAAAUAAGCGCCAGGUUCAGUAUGAUUUUUCUGGUGAGCCUAGGAGAGUGCAUGUCCAUGAAGACAAUUCACCAAAUCAUGAUUUCAAGUUUGAUCAGGAUCCCAAAAGCAUGUAUUCUGACUACGAUAAAAACAGAAAAACUAGUGUGUUUUCUCGCUUGUCUUUGGCCCCAGCUGUUGUCUAUGAGGAACAUGAUGGGGAUUCAUCAGUGGAUGAAGUCAUGGCAAUGUUGCAGCAGAGUCACCACCAAUGGGGGAAGACAAAAAAGUCUAAAACAUUGAUGAAGAGACGUGAUGAUGCUCAAAACGUUAGGAAUAAAAUACAAACCACUUCUUGUCCCAAGCCGGAAAGGGACUGCUUUGACAUGAACAUAAAGAAGAUGAAAAUGAAUAGUCCUUCAGUUGUUGGAGAGAAUGUCUACCAAACUGCUGAAAGUUCUCUGUUUGUAGAUUCUGAACAUCUGAGUGCUGAAUGGUCACCAUUUGUGGAUUUCAAACGUCGGAGUGAAGUUCGGAAAACUGAUGAUGACACCAAGAAUAGGGGUUGUUAUAAAAUUGCUGGAAGUGACAGAUCGUUAGGUGUGCAGCGCAAAAGAAGAAAGUUGAUUAGGCCUGACUUUAGUAAGAAAGAGUCUUCCAAUGAGCAAGGAACCAAUGGUGAUGUUUCUCGAUGUAUAGAUGUAUUUUCACAAGAAAGUUCUGUUAGCAAAGGUGAACAAUCAAGUUGUGAGGCUUUGGUUGGAAGCCAGGAUAAUGCAACCAAGUUAUCUCAAAGUGUUGUAAUUUGUUCAAGCAGUGGUGAAUGUAAGAAUAUUAUUGUUGAAAGAGGUUUAGACUCUGAAGGGGAAUUAAGAACUGAAAGUUGUGAAACAUCCUUCAGAGUUGUAUGUGAAGACAGAAAUGAGUCUUCACUAGACAAUGGCGUCCAAAAUGCCUGUGAAGAUAAGAGUCAUAAUGCUGAGGAUGGCUUGGGAGUUAAGGAUCCCAUGGAGGGUCAAUUGUCCCUAGUUUGUGAUGAUACCAGCCACUCUAUCUUGCCAAAGUCAUUUGUAGAAAUAGAAGAAGAAAAUGCUUACAAAGGAACUGCACAUGGUGAUAUUGAACAUGGAAGUACUUUGCCUCAGAGUGUUGAGAAUGUGAAUGAGCUUAGUCACAUCAGUGGUGAGAUUGCCAUGGGAAACACAGUGAACAACUCAGGUGUUGACAGUGCUACAUUGCAAAGGAUCAAAGAAUUUAUAGAUAGCUGUGUAGAUGAAGGUAAGAGGAACAAUCAGAAACAAUCCAUUACCAAGCGGGCUUCUUCUGAAAAUGCAAGGUGCUCCAAUGUUGAAGAAUCAUCUCAAGAAAUUUGUGAGGGAAAUGUCGGAUCUGGAGAGAUAUUGGCCACACCCAAUGGUGGCAAAAGCUGUGAAAUGGAAUUUCAUCAAAAUAUGGAAAACAAGAAUGAAGUUAUACCCCGCAGUUGUGAAAUCAGUAAAUGGCAAUUGAAGACGAUCUCAAGUGACCAGAAUUCAAGAUUAUCUCAAGAGCCUGCAGAUGAUGAAAAGAAGGGACAAAACAGGGUGAUUGUUGAAGCUUCUGAUUGGAAACAGCUGUUUUAAAAUCCAGACUGAAGCUUCUGAAUUUUUUUUGACAAGGGCUUAAAACUAAUUCUUGGCAUACUGACAAUGUUGAAUAUAAAUCACAGAGAUACUGCUUUUGGUAUGAGGCAAUGCUAUGGAGUAUAUGACUUGGAAGUGCAUUGAGUCUUUUGUUUGUUGACGUUACCGAUCUGGGCUAACAAAUUCAAUUCUGCAGCUGGAAGAAUGUCCCAAUGUUGCUCACUUUAAAUAUUGAUUUUGCUUGCUUGGGUAAAUUGCUGCAUUUUUAACUACAGAUGAUAACCAUCUUUUUGUUUAGUGCUAUUCUUGAAAGACUUCAGCAGUGUCUUGUAUUUUGACAAGCUAAGAAAUUUUAUAAUGGGAGUUUAGUUUUAAGCACUUGGUUAUAAUUAUUGUAUCUGAAAUUUGAUUUUUAAUUUGGAAAUGGAAAUUCACUAUA